GGUGUUUGUUUUGUAAUCUAUUAGUAUAAACUAUAAAGUUUAUGUUUAAAUCAUUUGCAUUAAAAUGAAAUUGUUAAUUUUUUUUCUUUUUAGUAUUUUAGUGGUAGAUUCAUUAUUUUGUGACGCCAAACCCAAAAAUAAACCAACGACAACGACAACAAUAACAACAACGACAACAUCUUCACCACCAAGAGGAUGUGUUUAUAUGUACAAACGAGAAUCGGCAAGUUACAGUGCAAUACAUUUAGACAAGCCAAAACCACUCGAAACAACUAGUAAAAUUUCAAAAAAAGAAGGACAUGAAGUGACUGACUUUGCUAGACAUCAUGUAAUAUCAUGGUCAACAAUUUCAAGUUUUUUUAAUUUGGUGUUACGUGAUCCACUUAUUAAAAUAGAAACGUGUAGAGGUAUGUUCCAUGUUAUGAAUAAAUUAAUGAGUGAAAAUGUAUUAGAAGAUAUGAAGCAACCUACAGCGAUAGAUAAUUUUAUUGUAAGUUUAAUACAGAGUAAAAAUCUAAGAGGAUAUAAUAGUAUGAUGAAAAAUUCUCAGAAUCCACAAAUGUUAACGAAACGCAUUCACGAAUUUUUUACAUGGUUACCCGGUAAUAUAUUUAUAGGACCUGCACCUGACAUAAGAGGAGAUGAUCCAGAAGAAGAAUUUGAAGAACUUGCCAGAUACAUUAUUGGUGAAGCUCAUCAUAAUUUAUUAAAAGAAACUAACAUUCAAAUGGUUAAAUAUAUAAAUGCAUUUAGCCUGUUAUCGCAAGAUGAUGGUUAUGCAAUCGUUAAUAAAGUUUUAGAAUUAUUCAAUAAAAUAUCAUUAUAUCCAGUUACACCAUAUAAUUCUCAAAAUUGGCGUUUCGAUAAAAUUACAAAAAAAUGGCUUAUAAAAAAAGAGUUUUUAAAACUUGAUCCCAUAAAUAAACCUGUACCUGGCGCUUCAAAAACACCAAGAUCUGUAUUAGGACGAACGCGAAGACAACUAAAAACAAAUUCAGGAUGUACGUAUGAUGAAAUGUAUAAUUCCAUAUUAUCAGAAGUACGUAAAAAUUGUAUUUCAAAGGAUGCUUCGUGUGGCUGUCAAUUGUCAAAAACAUAAAAAGGUUAGUUUUUGUAAUGAAUUAUAAUGUUUUUAUAUUAUACAGUAGUAAAUUGUAACCUAUCAAACAUUGUAUAUUUGUAAACUGUAGUUUUAGUAGAAAAUUGUAGCAUAUCAAAGAUUAAACAUUGUAUUUGUAAAUUAUAGUUGUAGCAUAUUGAUCUUUGUACCUAGUAAAUUGUAGCGUAUUGAACAUUAAUAAAAUUGAAAUAAAUGUAUGAA